AUUGGUUGCUUAACAGUUGAAGCCUUGAAAGUAAUAUGGCCGACGUUCUAUUGGAGAACGACGUAGUUAGAUUUUUCGCGAUGUAAUUUGUUUGUCGACGUAUUAUUCAAUAUCGAUGAUUCUCGACGUUAAGCUCCUGAAAUUUAGGAAGUUCCUCUCUGCUACUUUAUUUGCGCCGUCGGGGGCUGCGCGCUCGGCGGCGCACGACUACGACAUGUCGAUCAGGGCAGCCGCAGCUAGGCUGCUCCAUAAUGGUCGGCUACUGCUGCGCAGCGCCAGACCGAAUCAAAACAAUCGACAGACCGACGUCGUAGACGGUUUCGGCCUCAAUAUUUUGCCCAAGCGAGGGUCAGCAGCCGAAAAGGCCGUAGGAUCAAGCAGUCCCGCCCCCACUGGAGGUAGGGGUGCGUCUGUGGUGAGGAAUGUUGCUUAUAAAUUUCACCAGCACGCAAGACGCUUAUUUGUUGACAACGUACUUCGGCGAGUGACAAAUUCCCAGUCAGCAGAACUCCGUGAGAGAGCUACGAAGAGGUUACUGUAUGGAGAUUCAGCCCCCUUCUUCGCGCUGGUGGGCGUCAGUCUAGCAUCGGGAACAGGGAUUCUAACAAAGGAUGAUGAGCUGGAAGGCGUAUGCUGGGAGAUUCGAGAAGCCGUGUCAAAACUCCAGUGGUCCAUAUCACAGCUGCAGAAUGGGUGUCAUCCCAAGGCAGAUCUGGACGCGUCUGAGUGUGUGAGUGGACUGAAAGACCUGGACGUGGGGCCCAUGAUCGCUAAGGGCUGCAGUGCUGUCGUGCAUGCCGCUAAACUAAAGGAAACAGUGAGUGACACUGGUGAGGAACGUGAAAAGAGCAAAGUCGACAACCUCGUCCAGUUGCACGACAGUGGCAUUUCGCGGCUGGCAUUCCCCCUCGCCCUCAAGAUGAUGUUCAACUACGAUGCCGAGUCGAACGCAUCUGCCAUCUUGCGAGCCAUGUACCGUGAGACAGUACCAGCUCCGCACCACCUCGUACUCAACUUGGACCUCGAAGGCGACAGCGAGUGGGCGACAGAGUUGGCCAGUCGUGUACGUCGCCUACCUCCACAUCCGAACAUUGUGGAAAUCCUGGGGCUAUUUGCAGACCGUGUGCCAUUUCUACCCGGCUCACUGGCUAUGUACCCGGAUGCCCUCCCAUCGAGGCUGAAUCCAGAAGGUUCGGGAAGGAACAUGAGUUUGUUCUUGCUUAUGAAAAGGUACGACACGAGCAUGAAGCAGUAUCUGGAGCAGCACAGCCCGUCAGUGAGGGAGGCGACGCUGCUGCUGACCCAGCUCCUGGAAGCCGUCACGCACAUGACUCGCCACGGAGUAGCACACAGGGACCUGAAGAGUGACAACCUGCUGCUGACACUGCUGGGUCCGGAGGAUGGGGAGGGGGUGGAGGAGGAGGCGCCCUGCCCGCUGCUCGCCGUCACCGACUUCGGGUGCUGUCUGGCCGACGCCCACCACGGCCUGUCUAUGCCGUACCACUCCGCAGAGACGGACCGUGGCGGCAACACUGCACUCAUGGCACCGGAGGUGGCGUGCGCGAGGGUAGGCCCGUUCUCCAGCAUCUCGUACCGCAAGUCGGACGCGUGGGCGUGCGGCGCCCUGGCGUACGAGCUGUUCUGCGGUGGCCGCAAUCCCUUCUAUUCGAACUGGGCGGCAGUCGAGCCAGAAAGUGGCGGAGGAGGCGACGGAGGCGGAGGGGAGACGGUGAAAGAGCUGCCAGCGUUGAAGAGCCGCAGCUACCGCGAGGAGCAACUGCCUCCGCUGCCGGCCAACGUUCCGCCCCUCGUCGCUGCUGUCGUGGCCGGCCUGCUCGUGCGCGCGCCCCACAAGAGACUGAGUGCCGAGAUGGCGGCGACGAUCCUGCAGCUGCACCUGUGGGCUCCCAGCAGCUGGCUGGGCGGCGGCGAGGAGGGCCCGCAGAAGCCGACCAGCAACGAGAUCUUGCAGUGGCUGCUGUGCCUGACAACGAAGGUGCUCUGUGAGGGUGGUCUGGGGCUGUGCGCCGUGGGGGGGCGGCGUACGCUGGCAGAGUACCGCCUCAUCUCGGCGCUGCUGUCGCGGGCCUCGCUGCACCGGAUCAAGGCCGCCCUCGCGUGGGCAGUCGCCGCUGCAGUGCCCGAGCUGUACUAGUCGCGCCAUGCACUUCUGACGGUGGAGCCGGAGAAGCUAGAGCUCCGAAUGGUGCUGUGUGGCUGUAGUUGUGCAUAAGAGCUUGAAAGUUAAUACCAUUGCCCCGCUUCGAACUACAGUUAACUUGUUUGUAUUGAUUGCUUUUGUUCCUUAGAUUCUAUCUGGUGAGAGUCUACACAUGGCUGUGAAUAUUGUUAAUGUUAACUUUUUCCUCUCCAAAUGUAAGUUAUUGUAUAUAUGGAACCUCGGGACGCCUUCCCUUGUAAAUGUUGAGGAUCCACCAGUUUUAUUUAUCCUAUGUUGAAUUAAUGAAUUUGUUUCUCCAUCUCUGCCGUCAGAUUAUCAGAAGUAUGGAUUCUUUUGACUGUUUGGUGAUUGAUUAGCACACUUAUGUGACUUAUUGUAGAUAGUAUUAUUUGUGAUAUGAUUCCUCUUCAUAUUUUAAUUACAUUAAUUUCAGUAUUUCAGAAAAUACAUGAGCUUUAGUAGCUGUUUUUUAGCUGAGAUCUGCUACUGUAAUUUCAUCAGUGUGUGUGUGUGUGUGUGUGUGUGUGUGUGUGUGUGUGUGU